AUGGCGGUCCAUGGCGACUACCCUGGCUUGAAAGUGCAGAUAGUUGUCAAAGGCAAGCCACUCGAUGAAUACGAACACGAGGAGGAGGAAGAGCUGCCUAAGACCACAACGCGCUAUGUGGAAUGCCAUUCGGGCGCUGAGUUCGCGAUCAAGACCAAAUUCACAUCACCUUUUCCGCGGAUGGAUUUGUCAAUCGUUGAGGGCAACAGCAACGAAACGUUUGAGGAUACCUUGGAGGCUAUGAAAUCCGUAGGCACUAUACAUGUCACGCUCACACCAAUCCUAAGCUACAAGGAGAACUCGGAUCCAAAAGGCAAGAAAAAGGAGUUGAGUCAGAUUGAAGAGGUUUCUGAAGAAGCUGUGAAGGGCGAUGCGCGCUCUCACGUGAUAAGAUACGUUUCCAAGAAGGCAAAAGAGCCUUUGGUAGCAUUCCGGUUCAAAUAUCGCUCUUUCGCCGCACUCAAGUCUCUUGGCAUUCUACCGCGCUCACCAAGUCCCUCGCCACAACCAGAGCCGGUCAAGGAGGAAGUGUUACCUCAGCCGACACCGAACAUCGUAUCACCUGCUGCUAGUCCAGCUCCACCGCGACAGAACUCCACUUCCCGUACUCAGCGCGACCAGGCAGGGCUUACCAAGAAAGACAUGCUCAUCCUCAUCAAGCAUUAUCGCGGUAGCAGCGAGGGUUUGGAAGGUCUUCCGGAGAAGGAACUGGCUGUCCUACUCAGCUCUUACCGGGACGAUGAGCCGGAGCCUACUCCCAUCAAGCGUGAGUCGGUUGACGAUGGCGACGUACGCAGACAGGCAAAGAAGCGCAAGCCUGAAGUCAUAGUCUUGGAUGACUGA